GGUCCAUCUGUGACGGUGAUUAGUGGAGGGGUGUGCAUGCGAAUGUUGUGUGGCGCGCAAUUUUGGUAGCAGGAGAAGCUCAUUUAAAACGUAUCUAGCUCGUGAGUAUACAUUUUAAUGCCAAGCUUGAGAGUAAACUGCAGGCUAGGAAUUACUUUUACUAUUCUGGAUAGUUAGCUAACUUUUGUCGACACUAACGAACGACGUGUUUUAGGUAGCUAAUAGCUAAAGAACUGGACAGAUACUGUACAGUAUGGUGAUUACGUUUUUAAAACGGAUGAACCAUGGACACUUUGAAGCGAAAUCCCCGAGUUUUGAUGUUCCAAAAAGCAGUGAGCUACAGUACACUAGGGUGAGACUUCAGUAUUCUGUUAGUUGGAGAGUCUCCAUGCGUUCCCUGAAGCCUCUCAGACAUGGCAAGAAGCACCAGGAAACUGUUAACCACAGCGAUGCUGCCCUUCAGGCGAGGAUGACAGGGAGACAGCAGACUAGGCUGGACACCAGGCUGGAGGACUCCAUCACAGACAAUGGAUUAGACUUGGACAUCAUUGACUGCAUCGACAAGCACCACUACAAGCACCCAGUGAUAGAUUUAGAGUUGCCCGAGCAGCAAGAGGUCGGUGCAGACUCUGAUGGAGAAUCUGACGCAGACUCCUGCUGCUCAUUGGACAGCAAAGCCUCAGGCCCCUCCUACCCCUGGGAUCAAGCCUCUCUUCUGGAGCCAACUGUCCAUCCUGACCUGUGUUCUGGCUGUCAGAAGCUGUUCAGAGAAGCCAAGAAGAGCAAGACCCAGCGAGACGCUUUCCCGAUAACUGUUCCUUCAGACUUGUCAUGUGACCAGUGGGUGCUGAAGAAACCAUGGAGACCAAGAAGACUUCCAAACACAAAAGGGAGACUUUGGACCCAUGUGGGUCGUAUCAGGAAGAGACAGCAGAACGAGGGGAACAGGAAGCAGAUUGAAGCUAGCCAGCUCACCUGCUCAAGACCACACAUCUUCCUGCAGAGGAUCCUGAGGGGCUGUGUCAGGCAGGCUGUGAGCAGUGGAAGGAGAAGGGGUAAAAGAAAGAGGAGGCUCCACAGCUCUGAUCGUAGUGCCCAUGUUGCCAAGCAGCACCGUCUGGACUGUGACCCAGGUUCUCAGAACGACAGUCAUUCAGACAACCCGGAGCAAGGUGACAGCGACGUGCUCAUCUUGGAUGUCGUUCCCAAAUCGGUCACCAUGGAAACCCCCCCGUCGCCGGUUAGGGAGCCCAAGCCGGAGGUGCGGAGGAAGAAGGGCAGUUUCAGAGACUUGCUGGCUCAGCUUAGCUGCAACCGCAGUAUCAUCGUUCAGGAAGCACCCAUGUGACGUCCGCAUGAAUAUACCUUAUUUAAAAUGAAGUGUUGUUUAUGAAUUUCCACAUCUUGGUGUGUGGCAUGCCUUUUGUAAACUUGUUAUUUAUUACUUUCUAAAAUAAAUAUGAAGAAUGAACUUCAA